AUGAUUGAUUUAUUACCAAUGUUAAAUUCUUAUAAAGAUUGGUUUACACAAGACUGGCAUGAUAAGAUAAGAGAUUAUGAAUGGAAUCCUACUCGUCUUAAGGAUGCAAAAACAAAAGAAGUAGAAACGGAUAGCGUGCCUUUUAGCAUACACCAGGAACAACUAUACCCAGGAAGAAGUCAGACUCAGAGCUGUCACACACACACUGUCACUAGUAACUUUGCAACAAUGGUUUUCUUAACCGUUGCCAAUUUGGUGCGAGCUCGAGGACCUGAUGAGUUCUGGAGGAAGAGAAAGAUUUUUAGAUUGGCGGCACAUUAUAUUGGACGUCGAAGAAAUUGUUAUUCUGUUGCCGUACGUAAUGUGCACCGGGCUUUGGUUUAUGCUACCAAAGCUCGAAAAUUGAAAAAAGAAGAUAUGAAAGAUCUUUGGGAUACUCGCAUAUCAGCAGCUUGUGCACAGCACAAUUUAACAGCAUUUUCUUUGAAAGAAGGAUUAGAUCGAUCAAAUAUAAUGUUGGAUCGAAAGUCCCUAUCAGAUUUGGCAGCAUGGGAACCACAAACAUUCCAGUGUCUGGCCGCUAUAGCUAAAGAAAAACUACGCCUUGAUAAAUUCAUUGAUACCACUGAUAAAAAAGAGCCAACUGGAGUAAAUUUAAAUCUUAAGGAUGUUAUGUUAGAUGCUUGGCUUAAAGAAAAGAAG